GGGAGAACGCAGCUGUCGUCUCGUUUAUUAGGCAAUGUCGUUGGACCAUCCUUGUCCUUCGCACGGCAAACACUCACAUUCGUAAAGACCCAUUUUUGGCGUGGGUGGAAAAAUUUGUUUUCUCUACAGUCGAAGUGGCUGCUUAUGGCAUCGAGUACGAACUGCAAACUGGAUUGCUGAGAAGUUGGACGUUUUGCUUUCAAUAAUAAUAUAUUCAUGGAUCAAUGAAACAGUAUAUAUUUUAAUACCUCAAUGGAUCUGUGUAUAUUUUGGAAAACAAGAGGUUCUUCUCUGAAACGGUUGCGGUGGAGGAUAAGGAGAGAAUGUCUUCUUCUAAUAUUCUUCGUUGCUCAUGUCUUUGUUCCAGUUUCUAGUAUCUUGCCAUCAGGUUCUGCCGAUUUAAUGAAAAUCGCUGCCGAAAAUCCCGAUGCUACAGGAAUAAAGAAGACAACAGGAUUUUGUGAAAAACGUGCUAUCAAGAAAGAUUCUGCAGGAAAAGUUGUGUAUGGUGGAUCGGACGUAGCCUAUAGUAUAGCUGAAUCAUCUGUACUUACAUUCACCACCCAACAAGCAUUUUCGAGUGGUUUUCCUAGAGAUUUUUCUAUCCUGACAACGAUUCGACCCGAACAAGGGGUAGAAGGCGAUCUAUUUACAUUUUAUAGUGGAGUUAGCCAAGAACAAAUGGCCCUCAGAAUUGGUGAAAAUGUCACAUUUUCUUGUAGGAACAAAGUCGACAAACCAACCUUAGCAGAAGUCACAUUUGAAGCAGAAGUUAAUGAUGGAAAGUGGCAUAGGUUAGGUUUGAGUGUGAAAGGUGAUUCUGUGACUAUGAUAUGUGAUUGCCAACAACCGCAAAAUGCUAUGUUACAAAGGGAUGAAGAAGUGUAUAUAGAUGCUACAGGAUAUGUAUUAAUUGGUCAGAAACUUUUUGGGAAAGAAAAUUAUGAGGGAGAUAUUCAGCAACUGCAAAUCAUUCCAACACCUGAAGCGGCUUACGAACAGUGUACGGAAUAUAUGCCAAACUGUGAUGUUCCUUUGCCUUAUGCAACAGGUCCUCCUGAAGAUACUGUCUUUCCAAUUUUUCCAGAACCUGUGACUGGAGAUCCUCCAAUAACAGAUAGAGAUGAUAAUGGAAUUUAUCCUGAUGGCAAUUCUUAUUAUAAUAAUACAGAUAGUAGUCUAUCUGGUGAAGGUCCACUACCUCCAGGUUAUCAUUAUUAUUAUAUUCAGGGUCCUGCUGGACCUCGAGGUUACCAAGGUCCACCUGGUCCACCUGGUCCUAAAGGUGAAAAGGGAGAUGAUGGAAGAGAUGGUCUUUCUGGUACAGAUGGACCUCCAGGACCUCCUGGUCACAUAUUCAUGAUUCCUAUUCAACCACAAGGUGAUUCUAAAGGACCAGAUAGCACAGAGGGUUUAAGACAGAUGUUAAGUCAGCAUAUGUUAGCAAUGAGAGGACCACCAGGACCAAUGGGCUUAACUGGUUUGUCUGGUCCAGUGCCAGCUAUGUAG